AUGUUCUCAUACCGGUAUUUCAAACCCAUUCAGACAAAGUGUAGACCUUCUGCAAGUAAAACUGUUAGAACAUUCUGUAAAAAAGCUGUAAGUGAACCGAAGAAGCAAUAUGAUGUGAUCAUCAUAGGUGGAGGUCACAACGGGCUGGUAGCCGCUGGUUAUCUCGCCAAAGCAGGAGCAAAAGUCUGUGUUCUGGAAAGACGUUACCUCCUGGGGGGAGCAGCAGUUACUGAAGAAAUUAUUCCUGGCUUUAAGUUUUCAAGAGCAUCGUACCUUCUAAGUCUCUUGCGUCCUCAAAUCUACGAGGAUCUAAAGCUAAAGGAAAAUGGCUUGAAAGUGUAUCAUCGACACCCAUCUUCAUACACCCCAAUACGAGAGAGCCUCUGGUGCAGUCCUCACGCCAGAUCUCUGACUCUAGGGAGGGAUUCCUCACAAAACUCUAAGGAAAUUGCUAAAUUUUCACGUAAAGAUGCAGAAAUAUUUCCAAAAUAUGAGGAGUUACUGGAGCGACUGGUUAAAGCACUCGAGCCUGUUAUGGAUGUUUCACCUCACAGCUUCAUGGAAAUGUUGGACAAACCUUCCAUCUGGAAUAGAGCUAUAUGUGCCUGGAGCAAUCAUGAUUUGAAACUGCUUGCGACUAACAUACUCAAGCUAGGGAGGGACAUGAGGCCUCUGUAUGAGUUCAUGACAGCCUCUCCUCACAGUAUUCUAAGCCACUGGUUUGAAUCUGAGCCACUUCGAGCCACCCUUGCUACAGAUGCUCUCAUUGGAACAUCAGCCUGCACCACCACUCCUGGGGUAGGGUAUGUACUUCUCCAUCAUGUGAUGGGAGGGGUAGAUGGUGUGAGAGGAGCCUGGGCGUAUCCAGAGGGAGGCAUGGGAGCGGUUUCAAACUCUAUUGCUAAGGCAGCACAGUGCCACGGGGCUGAAAUUUACACCAACCAGAUGGUGACAGGUGUCAAGCUAGACAGUAGAGGGAGGGUGCAGGGGGUAGUGACCUCUGCAGGGCUAGAGGUACAAGCCUCUCUAGUCCUUUCUAACGCUACACUCUCCGCCACGUUGGCCUUGCUCCCUCCAGCCAGCUUGAGUCCUGACAUUUUACAAGCAGUGCAGGCCAUUGACUAUGAGUCUCCUGUUACCAAGAUUAAUGUGGCUGUUAGUCGUCUGCCAGACUUCAUUGCUGAUCGAAACAUCCGACCAAACCAAGUGAUGCCUCACCAUCAGGCCACCAUCCACCUCAACUGCGAGAACUGUGGUCUUGUAGAUGAGGCUUACGAUGACUACCAGAAGGGUGUGCUGCCCGCAAGACCCAUGAUCGAGAUGGUGAUCCCGUCUAGUGUGGACCCCACCUUGGCACCUGCGGGUGGUCAUGUGGUACUGCUGUUCACCCAGUUCACCCCCUACACACUGACGGGGGGCCGGGUGUGGGACACUAUGGUCAGAGAAGAAUAUGCUCAGAUUGUGUUUGACUGUAUAGAAGAAUAUGCUCCUGGUUUCAAAGGAAGUGUGAUUGGCAAAGAAGUUCUUUCACCGCCUGACUUGGAACAAAUAUUUGGACUCACUGGAGGGAAUAUUUUCCAUGGGGCGAUGACUGCGAAGCAGCUGUUUCUUAACCGUCCGCUGCCAUGGGGCGCUGCCAGCCCUUAUACUGCAGUGCAGGGCCUGCUUCUGUGUGGAGCGGGGGCUCACCCAGGUGGGGGUGUGUGCGGGGCUCCGGGGCGCCUGGCAGCCUUAGAGGCUGCAAAGCUACUGCAGCUAUCCAGCCUAUGA